AUGAAUUUGAAUCGAAUUCCUUUGGCACCUUUGACUCCAAUAUAAGUACAACAACUAGCUCGCUUGCCUAGAAUGCAAAAAAAUCAAAAUUGUUUAACCUGUAUCCCAACAAAUCCUAAUAACCUUGGAUAAAGUAAAUACACAUCAACAAACUACUAAAUUAAAAUUUAUAAGAAAAUUGUAUUAGAACUUCUGAAUUCUAUUUAAAAUUCCCCUUUUCUAGAAUUUAUGUAUGGAUUAUAAGUAGAAUUCAAGUCAUCUUAUCAUUUUCUUAUUAGUCCAACUGAAAGUCUUAUCAACUAUUUAAACCUACACUAUGAUAUCAAGUAGCUCUAUAGAAUUUAUGAUAAUAUCUAUAAAUAAAAUGCUAAAAAGAUCAAGAUUUAUAUAAAUGUCUCAGAAAUAGAUCUAAUAUUACAAUUAUUAAGAUCUAUAGUUAAAUAGAUGCCUAACAUUAGUCGAAUUCGAGAAGUUUUAAAAAAUUAGUAAGUAAAAGACAUUGUAAGUAUUAAAAAGACUUAAAUUGAAGAUUCAAAAUUAAAUUAAAUAAUAACCUUGAUCUAAUAUAUUUUUAAUUCAUAACUCACAAAAUUAAAUACUUAGAUCAUAGUUAAGAAGGAACAGCAGGAAAACAUUGUUAAAGAUCAAUCUUUUUAUCAUAUCCAAAGUAAUGUUCAGUCAAUUAUGAUUUCUUUAUUUUUGCAAUAUUGCUUAUAAAGGAAAAUAUUACUUCCAGAAAUAAUAUAUUCUAUUACAUUUAUCACUAAUACUAAGAAUCUAACCUUAGAUCCAAGCUUUGUCAAUGACAUUCCAGAUUCAAAUGCUUUUGAUGAAUUUAAAGAGAAAAUCAACUAUAGAAGAUAUUAAAGGAGUUUUAAUUUAUAAGGCCUUAUUGAAUAUGAAGAUUUUUUAAUUUCAGAAUAUUAAAUCUCUUAUCCUAUGAAAAAUAUUGAGACUGAUUUAGUUGAAUCAAUAAUAUUAGUUUAAGAGAGUUAAUAUUAAAUUAUUGACAGAUUGAGAAGAAUAUUUCAGAGUCAAAGAAUUAAAAUAAUAAUUGAAAAUUUGGGUAGUAAUCCCUUAAGUUAAAUUGGAAUGAACAUUUCCACCAUUAUUCUUGAAUUACAAAAUACAGUGAAACAAAGCGAAAUUAAUUAAUAAACAAAACGAUUUCCAAAAAUUAAGUUGAAAAUAAAAAAACUAUGA